UCUGACCCAGUCCAAUACAGCCACUAGCAGCAGAGACUUCCUGAAGUGGUGGAAAUGGGAAAGCAUUGGAGCCGCUUGUGAGCCGAGAUGCGGAGGAUGUCGUUGCGGAAAUUGCCAACCCGGAGGGAAAGAAAUGACGCUGGCGGAAGAAAGAGAGAUGGAGAUGGUGAGAGAUGGCUUGACAUACGUGAACGGAGACCAUCACAGCUCUGAACCACACUGGCACACUAAGUAUCCAUGGACUGAAGAUCCAGCAUCUAUACCGAACAAUAAGAGAGCGGUUGAAGCCACAUUCUACAGAAUGGAGAAGCAGCUGGCGAAGGAACCAGAAUGGAAGAUGGCCUACGCUUCACAAGUCCAUGAAAUGCUGAAUCGCAAAGCAGCAGUGAAGCUGUCCCAAGAAGUUCUGCAAAGUUGGACUGGGCCAGUGUGGUACAUAAGUCACCUGGUCGCACCAAAUCCACAUUCAGUCUCCACCCCAGUGAGGCUAGUAUGGAACAGCAGCCAGAGGUACAGAGGCCUGAGCUUGAACGAUAUGCUGAUCAAAGGUCCUGACGUCCUGAAUCCGAUCAGAGGUGUCCUGCUGAGGUUCCGAACUGGUAUCUUUGCUGCCCUUGGUGACAUCCGCAAGAUGUACAACUCUGUCUGGCUGGAGGAAAGAGAGGUCCACCUGCACCGGUUUCUGUGGCGUGACACUGAAGAUGCUGAGAUCGAAGAUUUUGCCAUAACAAGAGUCAACAUUGGAGACAAGCCUGCUGGUUGUAUAGCCCAAGUCGCCAUGCGAGAGACCGCCAACUUGCCUUCGUUCAGCCAUUUCAAAGAGGAGAAACGUGUGCUGGAGGAAGACGCCUAUGUCGAUGAUCUUCUGACUUCUCACAAUGACCUCAACCACCUGAAGCGUCUCACGUCCAACAUUGAGCAGAUCCUUAAAGCAGGGGGAUUUUUCAUGAAGCCCUGGGUCUACUCGGAUCAAAGUGGGAGGAAAGGGAGAAGAGGUGAGAAAAUGGAGUCAAAGACCAUGAUUCUGCCGAACCAGCUCACCGAAGAGGACAACAAAGCCCUAGGCCUCGGUUAUACCAUUGAAGACGACAAGCUACAUGUCAUGGUUGCAGUGAACUUCUCCAAGAGGAGGAGAAAAAUGCGCCUGGGCCAGGACUUACUGAGAGAAGAAGUGAGAGAACAAACCCCAGACCCACUCACUAGAAGAGAACUGUUAAGCCAAGUCUCUGGUCUUUAUGAUCCACUCGGCCUUGUGGCUCCAGUGAAACAGAAGGGAGCCAUCCUGAUCCGAAGAGCUUUUCAAGAAGCAAAAGUGCUGUACAACAUAGAAGACACCUGGGAUGCUGCCUUGUCCAAAGAACUCAGAGAAGAUGCCAUAAAGCUCCUCCAAGAGUAUGCUGAUCUGAGCCUACUCCGAUUCACCAGAGCUCUCACGCCACCAGAUCCAGGAGGAAGACCAUGUGCCAUCACAUUCUCUGACGGCAGUGAGCAUGCUUAUGGCGCCGUGCUGUACCUAAGAUGGAGUCGCAACCAUGAUGUCGUCGUGAGGCUAGUUGAGUCAAAAGCCAAGCUGACUCCUCUUGACCACAAGGGUGACGCUGUGAAGGCAGAGAUGUGUGGAGCUGUCUUUGCAGCUCGGCUGAAGAACUACUUCCAGAAACACUGCCGAAUCGAUGUGGAGAGGUGGUACCAUCUUGUCGACAGCCAAACCAUCUUGGGCGCAAUACAGCGAGAAAGUUAUGGCUACCAGACCUUCUUCGCAAACCGAGUUGGCGAAAUCCAGAGCAGCACUGACGUUCGAGAUUGGUGGUGGAUCCCAGGGCCGGUGAACAUUGCAGACAUCAUCACCAGAGGGGCCAGUCCUGAUGACCUAACUGAGGAAUCCGACUGGCAGUCGGGUCCGAAGUUCCUUCAGCUUCCUGAGAGUGAGUGGCCGAAAAAAUCAGCAAAAGAUGUUGCCGCACAAGCAAGAGACAAUAUCACAAAAAUACAGAAGAAAACUUUUGUCGCAGCACUCACCCGAAGUCAACUGAAAGCACAAGAUCAAAUCACAAUCCAGGAGACAGAGUCCAAGUCCAGAAGACCAACGGCAGUAGCAGCAGUCCAAAAGCUAUUGGAUGAAAAGCGCUUCAGCAGUCUAAGGCAGCUGGUCGGGGCAAUAGCGUGGACUUGGAGAGCAGUGGAGAGGUUCCUGUGUGCAAAGGUUGGAGAUCAAGAAAAGUGGGAGGCAGAACAUUCAUCUGGCGUCAUCACGGCCAAGGAAAGAGAAGAUGUCUUCCGGACUCUAUGCCUUGCAGCACAAGAGGGCGUACACUUUCCAAACACAACAACUGACAGACUGGUCGUUUACAAGGACCAAUCAAGCGGACUCCUGAUGUGUGGUGGCAGGAUCCAGACAUUCAAAGAGGACGAUAGAGCUGUUCCUCUGUUACCUUUCCAGGCCUGGAUCUCCACUCUCCUAGCCCGAGAAGCACACAGUGAGGGGCAUGAAGGAGUGGCAGGAACUUUGCUGCGGAUGCGAAACAAAGCAUGGGUCAUCAGAGGAAGAAUUAUUGCCCAAAAAGUCGUUGACAAGUGUAUCGUUUGCAAGAAAGCUAAAGCAAGAACCUGUCAGCAAAUAAUGGGAGACUUACCUGAAGAGAGGACGAAUCCGGCUGCACCAUUUCAAUUCACGUCUGUCGACCUGUUCGGACCAUACCUAGUAAAAGAUGAUGUCAAGAGGAGAGUGAGCAUGAAAGUAUGGGGCGUACUCUUCUGCUGUAUGUCGAGUCGAGCUAUCCAUGUCGAACUGGCAAACACGCUAUCAACAGAGAGCUUUCUUCUUGCUUACCAGAGGUUCACUUCUGUCCGAGGGCAUCCUCAAAAGAUCUGGUCCGAUCCAGGCACGAACUUUAUUGGAGCAAAACCUGUCCUGGAAGAGAUGUAUACUUACCUGAGACAACAAAACAACGACUCACUUGAAGGAUAUGCUGGCAAGAAUGGUACCGACUGGACGUGGAGAAUCCUUCCAGCCGAUUCACCUCACCGAAAUGGCGCUGCUGAAGCUGCUGUAAAGAUCACUAAACGAGCUCUCCAAAGUCUUGGUAAAGGAGAAGGCCUUACCUUCAGUGAAUUCCUGACAGUGCUCAAGCUAGCUGCCAACCUUGCCAACGAAAGGCCCAUCGAUGCCAGAGUCCAGAGCCGUGAAGACCGUGUACGAUACAUCACUCCGAACACCCUGUUGCUUGGUCGAGCCACACAGAGUGGAGAUUUCAAGGCAUUUGACUACACCACUUACCCGUUCAAAAGGCUACAAGAAAUGCAAAUGCAAGUGAGCCACUUUUGGAAGUCCUGGAGCCAACUUGCAGGUCCCAACCUGUUCAUCCGCAACAAGUGGCAUACUGAAAAAAGGAACGUUGCCAUUGGAGACAUCGUCUGGCUCUGCGACCAGAAUGCACUGAGAGGGCAAUUCAAGCUAGCAAGAGUCAUCAGUGUGAAUGCAGAUCCCAAAGGCAUCGUCCGGGAUGUCCACGUGAAGGUCUCUCCGAGUGGGUGUGUCCAGGUAAAGACUCCGAAACCUGUGUCCGGAUCGAAGGAAAAGGAUUGCCAGGGUACCAUACUGCAUCGGGACGUGCGGCGUCUCAUCGUCCUCAUCCCAACAGAGGAUCAAGUCAACUAGCACCAGCUCGCCUGAGAAGUGCGAUCUUUCCAUGUCAUGCCAUGACGCAAAGAUCGAGUGGGAGGUGUUUCGCCGAUCUGCCGGGUAUUGCCUACGAGCGGGUGCAUGUGACGACGGGCUCGCAACUGCAUGCGCGCAACAGCGAGCGCACGGCUCCGCAGCGCACGGCUCCGCAACGCAUCAACAGGUGAUCACAAUCACAAUCAUUAGGAACGCACGGCAGAAACCCCGGAGACAAAAAUAAGAAGUGAGCAUUCAGUCAGUAGCUUGCAACGCAACAAACGGCAGCAGAAGCAACGAAAGCUGAAUAACCACAGGAGUAAAACACGCAUGGAAGCAGAAAGGAUCAAGGAGGCUACCGGUUUUUCACCUACAACGACCACCACUCUGUUACUGGUCAAUAAACUCAAGAGAGAGAGUGAAAUCCUGAGUCUGGUCCAUUUUCUUCCCUUUUCAAGUGUGGGAAACCAUGAUGUUGAAAUACACU